AUGUUGAAAAGUAGUUUUAAAACAUUAUUAAGAUUUUCUCAGCAAUGUGCAAAAAAUUGUUACAAAAAUAGAAAUGAUAUACUAAUUUCAAAAAAAAAUUAUUUUAGUAAUAUAACUUAUAAAGGAUAUAGGACAUAUAAUAUCAAAUAUUUAAACAUUCCUUUUUUUAGAUAUAAUUUUAGCCUUAUACUUAAUAAAAGUAUAAGCACAAAAAGAAGAAGGUAUUUUAAAAUAAGAAAACAUCAAAAAAAAAAGUAUAAAAAAAAAAGAAUGGGUUUGUCUACUAUUCCAUGGAUACCAAGUAAAGAGAAAACAAUAACAUAUAAAUUACCACGUCAAAGCAAGUUAAUAAAUAAAAGAUUUAUGAGAGACAAAAAAGGUGGUCGUAGAUACCGUUUAAAAAAACAAAGAUGA